AAGCGCGAGUGACGUCACCGCCGACUGAUUCAUUUCAAACGCGCGUGCGGAGCGUCUUUCCGCAGCAGCGACUGAAGGUCAGAGAGACAGACAGCACUGAUAACCGGACCUGAAGUGACUCCGCGAUGCCUCCUCCCGUCGGGCCGCCGGUGGUCCCGCCUCCUGAUGGUGGGUGGGGCUGGGCUGUUGUGGGCGGAGCCUUCAUCUCCAUCGGCUUCUCCUACGCCUUCCCAAAAGCCACCACUGUGUUCUUCAAAGACAUCCAGAGGAUCUUCGACGCCUCGUACAGUCAGGUGGCCUGGAUCUCCUCCAUCAUGCUGGCCGUCAUGUACGCUGGAGGCCCCAUCAGUAGUAUCCUGGUGAACGCGUACGGCUGUCGCCCCAUCAUGAUCCUGGGAGGAUUCCUGUGUGCCAUCGGGAUGAUCAGCGCCUCGUUCUGCAACAACGUCAUCCAGCUCUACAUCUGCAUCGGCGUCAUCGGGGGCUUCGGUCUGGCGUUUAACCUGCAGCCGGCGCUGACGAUGAUCGGCCGCUACUUCUACAAGAAGCGUCCGAUCGCGAACGGCCUGGCGAUGGCGGGCAGCCCGGUGUUCCUCAGCACGCUGGCGCCGCUGAACCAGUACCUGAUCAACGAGUACGGCUGGCGCGGCAGCUUCCUGAUCCUGGGCGGGCUGAUGCUGAACUGCUGCGUGGCCGGAGCGCUCAUGAGGCCCCUGGUGGGGCCGGCGGCCCCGAGCCAGCCCGUCCCGCAGAAGCCGGCGUCCCGGGAGAAGCUCACGGCCUGGGAGACCGUCAACAAGUACCUGGACCUCUCGCUCUUCAAACACCGGGGCUUCCUCAUAUACCUGUCGGGGAACGUCAUCAUGUUCCUGGGCUUCUUCGCGCCCAUCGUCUUCCUCUCGUCCUACGCUAAAGACAACGGCGUGGACGAGUACCAAGCGGCGUUCCUGCUGUCCAUCCUGGCCUUCGUGGACAUGUUCGCGCGGCCGUCGAUGGGUCUGCUGGCCAACUCCCGCUGGGUGCGGCCCCGGAUCCAGUACUUCUUCAGCUUCGCGGUGCUGUAUAACGGGGUGUGUCACCUGCUGUGCCCGCUGGUCCAGAGCUACACCGGGAUGGUGGUGUACGCCGUGUUCUUCGGCUUCGCCUUCGGGAUGGUGAGCGCGGUUCUGUUCGAGACGCUGAUGGACCUGGUGGGGCCGCAGAGGUUCUCCAGCGCCGUGGGUCUGACCACCAUCGUGGAGUGCUGUCCGGUGCUCAUCGGGCCGCCGCUGGCAGGGAAGCUAGUGGACAUCACUAAGAACUACAAGUACAUGUACCUGUGCUGUGGAGCGGUGGUGGUGUUCUCCAGCAUCUGGCUCUUCAUCGGGAACUUCAUCAACUACCGUCUGCUGGAUCGCGAGCGCAAGCGCGAGGAGACGUACCAGCGGGCCGCGCAGCACGACGCAGACGCUAACGCAGACGCUAGCGCUACGCAGGAGCUCAGCGAGAGUAAAGACGCCGUCAUGCAGUGCGAAACCAACAUCUGAACGUCUAUGCAAACACUGGGAGACACUGCCAGAGUCGAUCCGCACGGCCAGGCUUCAGCGAGCACUUCUACAUCGACAG